AAUGAAUUAACACAGUUAAACUAAUCCUCCUUCAAAUUUCUAACACUUUAUGGGAGUAGCUCCGAAUUAGUUCAACUCCAAUAUCAAAGGUUAGGUAAGCCAUUCUUAUUUAUUUGUUAUAGACUUUAAAUUCCUAAUAACAGAAUCAGCAUGAUCAAUCCAGAGUUUCAUAAUUACCAAUAUCUAGGAUUGAAGAGGUUCCUUAACAACAUCUUAAUGAAAUUAAUCAUAGUCAUAAUGAUUAACAUUAAUUAUCCUCUAAAGGUAAACAUUAUCAUCCUCUCACUAUCCCAUGCAAUUGGGAUUUGGCUCGAAAACAUGCUUAAUCUAGAAGAACAGCUACUGAAAAAAAGAAAGACAUUAACAAAACUACAAAUGGUAUGUUACUUAAUAUUAUCUAUCAGUUGAAACCUGUCCAUGUUGUGGCUUUGAAGUAGAAAGAGAUGAAAUCCCCUAUUGUUCUAAUCCUAUGGCACUCUCUUUUCUUGGUUCUGGAUUCACUCUAUUUUAUAACUAUCUCAAAUAUUGCAUUAUCAUCUUAUUCAUAACUUUGGUCACCAAAUAAGUUUAUAAUCUCUAUACCAGUUAUCAAGGUUCAUAUUGUAGUCAUUUUAAAAGAGAAAAAAUUGAAGGUCACUUUGUUCAACUUCCUAAUUGCUAAGACUCAGUGUUCUUAAAAUUAUCAUUAGCAAAUAAAUUAGAGUAAAUUUUAUUUUUAAAUUAGUAAUCGUGAAGCUUUAGAGUAUGUACAAAUUUUAAACUUUAUAAACCUAUUUAUUGUUAUGAUUGUUCUCAUCUAUUUCAGAAAAAGCUAACGAUAAAUCGAUACUACUAUUGAUGAAGAACUCUUAACACCUGCUGAUUAUACAGUCUGUGUCAAAAAUAUUCCUUUAGGAUUAGGAUUAAAUUAUAAAUGGGAAUUGUAACAUAUGUUUGAAACUUGUGCAGUUAUUUCAGAUACAGCACCAAUAGUGGUGAAAAAGGUAGUUUUAGUAUAUGACAUCGAAGAAAUAAUUAAAAUGGAAAAGGAGCUUGAUGAGUUAGUGGAUAGAAAGAAGGAAAUAAUAAAAGAAAAUGAUUAUAAUUUGAAUCAUGCAAAAGUGUUGUAGAUGGAUUAGAAAAUAAAAGAGUUAGAACAUUAAAUACAUCAGACAGAGAAGGAAUAUGAAAGAGAGAAUAAAAAGUUUGCAGGAAUAGCAUUCAUAUCAUUUGAAAAUGAGAAUAUGAAAAAUUUGGUUUUACAAGAGAAUUAACAUACAUAAUUAGAGAGAAUGAAGUCAUAUUGGAAUAAGGGUAAAUUAGAAGGAUUAUCAGAAAAUGAUCUAUCUUGGCACGAUUAGAAAUUAUUUAUUGAAUAAGCUCCAGAACCAAAUGAAGUAGAUUGGGAAUUCAUCCAUGUUAAGACCGAAGAAAAGAUAAGUAAAAGAAUAAAAGCAUGGAUAAUUUAUUUGUUAGUAGAAAGUGCAGCCUUUUAUUCAAUAUAUCUGAUAGCACAUAAAGUAGCAAAAUAUGGAGAUGAGGCAAGAGAAGAGGAAAUAAAAGGAAAAUUGGAUCAUGAAACAAUGUUAAAAAUAAACAUUUUAUCUUUUGUGAUAUCAUUGAGCAUAGUACUUUUUAACAAAUUUGCAGUUGCAAAAAUAGUUCAUUAUAUAGUAGAUGAUGAAAAGAUUUCAAGCAAGACAAAGUUUUAAAUAUCAUUUGUAUAUAAAUAUGCAUUAGCAUUAUUUUUGAAUGCAGCUAUCAUAAGUUUUUUAGUGGAUAUAGUAAUCUUAAAAAAUGUAGAAGGAGCAGGAGGGUUUUUAUAGAAUGAGAGUUAGAUCUUUAUUUUGAAUGCUGUAUUACCUCCAUUUAUUUGGUGUGUGGAUCCAUGGAGUUUAUGUAAAAACAUCUGGAGAUGGUACAUAAUAAGAAAGGGAGACAAAGCAUUAUUAACAUAGUAAGAAGCAAAUAUUUUAAUGGAAGAACCUGACUACUUGUCAGCAAAGAGAUACUCAGAUAUAAUGAAAACAAUGUGGUUUACUUUUUUAUAUGGUACAGCACUUCCUUUAGGAACUGUUUGCAGUGCUUUUGGGAUUCUGAUUUACUAUUAUGUUGACUAUUAUAAUAUAUUAAGAAGGAGAACAGUGAAGGAAUCGAUUAGUAUUCAACUAUCUACAGGUAAAAAGUAUUAAUUUAAUAUUUUAUAGAGAUGAUAGAGAUGCUGGAAUAUAUAAUAGUAUGGAGUGCCUUUGGAGAAAUGAUCAUGACUUAUGCAUUUUUCAAGGAGAUAAGUUAGAUAGAUGUGUUGUUGAUGGUUAUUGCAAUAGUUUAUGCUUCUUUACCAAUGGAAGAUAUUUCUGAGUAUUUGUUUCCUGUAGUGAAUAAUGAAGAGGUAUAUUAAAUAAUUAAUAUAAUUAAUAGAUAAAACCUUAUGAUGAGGGUUGUUUGGGAUUUGAUACUGAUUAUGAUAGAGAAAAUCCUGUGACUAGACACAAAGCUAUUGAAGAAUGGAAUGAAAAACAAAAACUUCUUACUAAUUCGAAUCAAAAAAUUCACAAGUUUUAUGAACAAUAAGAUCAAUUUGGAUAUAAUUUGGAUGAUCAUUAUGGAAGAAGAUGA